AUGCCUGUUGGAAGCCAGAACUGGACAACGUUGGCUGAGAACGACACCGAUGCUUGGAAAUGCUUAGCACUGGUGCGAUCACUCAAAGCAAGUAUCUCCACGAGACACGCUGUGGUCCUCUUAUCAAAAAAUGUGUCGCAAAAUAUGUGGCUAAAGCUGCAAUCCGAAUGCAAAGCGUGUUAUCUCGUUAUCGAAGACGAAUUCUUUACCAGCCUUGAAUUCAGAUCUGGGGCAUUGCGGUACGCGUCUGAAAAGUGGAGUCAUUUUGUCUGGUUGGAUUGUAACUGUCUCGUCGUGAACAACUGCGACGAUCUGUUUCAUCGAAGCGGCGUCCAAUGGGCGAAGAAUGAAGAUGGACGAGUGGUGCCUGUGUUUCUAUCAAGCACUGCAGCAGAAUCUGAGCUGGGGGACACAAAGAAAUACAUCACUUUGGGAGAAAAUGGAAGAAAUUCUGGUGAAGAGUUGGAUUAUUGCCAUGUAAUUGACCUGGACAGCUCAACCAAUAAUCCACUGUGCGGAAAGAACCUCAAAUUGAUUUAUUUCUCGAAUGGGCACCCACUUGAACCCACUUCUUAUGACGAAGGAAGCACAAAGACUGCGAAUUUGGACAAUGAUCUUAAAAAGAAAGCUACCGAGUUAUAUAAACGGUUUUGCCCGGAACUAUUCCCCAGCAAUACUAUUCAACCCAUUACUAACGAAAUGCCAAGCCAAGUUACAAAUUCCAUCGCUAUAGUCGGGAUGGCUUGUCGGUACCCAGGCGCAAAUAGCAUCGCUGAAUUCUGGGAGCUAUUGGUAAAUGGAUUGGAUGGAAUCAGCAAAGUUCCCGAGAGACGAUGGACCAAAGAGAACGCAUUAUGUCGAAUGGGGAACUGGCGAAGUACGGAGGCAGGCUUUCUUUUCUGCUCGAUAGAAAACUUUGAUUCUAAAUUUUUUAACACGAACGCCGCCGACAUGCAAUUUCUCGACCCUCAGCAAAGGUUAUCCCUCCGCGUUGUUUGGGAAGCUUUGGAGCAUGCCCGCAUUGAUCCGUUGUCAUUAAAGAAUUCACUGACAGGAGUUUUCGGAGGAUGGUGGAGAGGUGACUACAAAGAGUUGUUGCAGAUGCAGGGAGCCCUUUUUGACACCGAUUUUCUUCGAGGUUACAUGGGCAACGCUCUUGGUCCAUUCACCGCGAGGAUAUCUCACUUUUUGGAGCUUAUCGGACCAAGUUUCUCUACGGAGAGUGGCUGUUCCACCUCCGUCGUUGGGGUGGACAUGGCAUGCGACAGUUUAAGAAAUGAGGCGUGCAAUUUAGCCAUCGCGGUGGGAGCGAAUCUACUCCUUCACCCGUACACUUUGGGUGAUGGGUUAAUGGAAGGCGUUCUAGCGAGGGAUGGGAGAUGCAAAACUUUUGAUAGUUCGGCUGACGGAUUUGGCCGCGCAGAGGGGAUCGGAGUGUUGAUUUUGAAGCGAUAUUCUGAUGCGAUAGGGGAUGGUGAUCGCAUUUGGGGAUUGAUUCUAGGUUCCGCCGUGGUGCAGGAGGGACCAAGUAAAAGUAUGGGGACACCAACCGUCGGGGUGGAAGCGAAAGCUAUGGAGCUCGGCCUGGAGAGGGCUGGUGUGGCACCUAACCAAGUUCAGUAUGUCGAAAUGCAUGGCACAGGGACCCCGAUUGGCGACCCAAUCGAGGUUGAAGCAGUCUCGAAAGCUUAUUCUAAUCGAGAAAAUAUCCUCACCAUCGGUUCCGUAAAAACUAACAUCGGCCAUACCGAAUCCGUUUGCGGAAUAGCUAGCAUUCAGAAAGUUGUACUUUCGAUGCAUCACGAAAUAAUCCCAGAGCAUCUGCAUUUCAAGAAACUCAAUCCGGAAAUAGAUUUGGCUUCUAUUCCGGCACAAAUCCCGCUCAAACAGGUCGAGUGGAAGCGGGCCAUGGAUAAUGGACAAUUGCGUAUAGCGGGAGUCAAUUCAUUCGGAAUCACUGGCGCUCAGGCGCACGUAAUUGUUCAAGAACCCCCGGCGAAUGGUUAUCCAUCAGAGGACAUGAAGAUAACCUUUCAUGAUGAAAGACCUCGUAAAAUUUUCACCAUCUCUGCAAAAACAGAGACUUCCUUCCAUUCUCAGGUGGAGGCUUACAAGACUUUUCUAACAACGACGGACUGCUCUUUGAGUGACAUCGAAUUGACGAUGCACACGGGCAGAGCACAUUUCCUACUUCGGGGCAUUGCAAUUUGUGACACUAAAGAAGAGCUAAUUGCAUCAUUGGAUCUUCUGAGACCAAAACAUGUACCAAAUUCGGGAUCGAAAUUGUGUUUCCUAUUUACCGGGCAGGGAUCACAAUAUAUCGGAAUGGCAAAAUCCCUUUACGAAGAAAGCAUCGUAUUCAGGUCAAAUUUCGAAUUGUGUGAGACCAUAUUAUUCACCGAGCAUGGAAUCUCUAUCAAAGAUGUCUUGUGGAAUUCAAGCAGCAAGCCAGAUUUUAUGAACCAGACGCUAUUCAGUCAAACGUCGAUAUUCUGCGUGGAAUUUUGUCUCCUCAAAUUAUGGGAGUCUUGGGGAGUGGUGCCAGAUGCAGUGAUGGGUCACAGCCUCGGCGAAUUUGUUGCAGCCGUCGCGGCGGGAAUUCUGACUCUUCAUGAUGCUCUAAAACUUGUGGUAUCAAGAUCCAUUUUGAUCGAAUCAUUACCAAAAAGCGGUAUGAUCGUGGUCGGUGCGGAUCUUCAGACAUCAAGAAAACAUUUGAAUAACGCAUUUACCAAUACGAGCCAGAAAUGGCUUGACAUAGCUGCGGUGAACUCGACAGGUCAAACAGUUAUGGCAGGAACAACUGAAAAUAUUCAAGAAUUUCAUACAUAUUGCAAAAAUAAUGGUGUCAAGACUCACAUACUAAAAUCAUCUCACGCAUUUCACUCCAAACUGUUGGAUCCGAUCCUUGAAAAAUAUAAAAGGAUAGUUGACACCAUUGAUUUUUCCCCUGCGACAAGAUGCACUUUCAUAUCAGCGGUUAGCGGAAGAGAGAUUACCAGCACUGAUUCAGAUUACUGGAUUCGGCACACGCGGGAGAAAGUGUGUUUCAUGGAAGCGAGCAAGGCGGCGGCAAAUCUUGGAAUCACUGGAUUUAUUGAGGUCGGACCGCAGCCUGUGCUGUCGGCUCUGCUUUUGGAAAAUAUCGACGAGAUCGUGGAAAUUUCAAUUCUCGCUCCGUCUCUUAAAAAGAAUGAGCCUGAGUGGGAGACAAUGCUUUCCACACUGGGAAAGCUGUAUCUGACAGGAAUCAAAAUUAACUGGUCAGGUUUCCAUCGGUACACGAACGCAAGGAAGGUAGACGUUCCAGGGUAUCAAUUUGAUGAAGUUCCAUACUGGGUGACAGUCAAAAACGGGAAUCGAACCCAUUUCCAUCCUCUACUCGGUGUCUACGUUCCAAAUGCUUCGGAUAUAACAAUUUUCAACAACAGCAUCGAUGUGCAGAGAUUACCCUUCUUGAAGGAUCAUUCGCUCGGGGAUAAGAUUAUAUACCCCUGUGCAGGAUACUUGGACAUGUGCAUGACCUCGUCGUACGUGGCAAGUGAAUGCAAAAGAGGAAUGUUUACUAAACCAACCAGCAUGCUGACCAUUACAAAUUUUUCCAUCAUUACACCAAUUUGCUUAACCGAAGGACAGCCUAUUGAUACACAAGUUGUCGUGUCUCAAACUCCGGAAGGAGGCAUGUGUUCCACUAUUUACUCAGAAAUUCAACUGGAUAACCAGGAAUAUAAAUGGGUCAAAAAUGCUACCGCACAGUUUGGAACUUUUACACCAGAUUUUAAUAAUUUACCAGAAUUGCUAGACAUCAAGAAACGAUGUUAUGACGUCGUCAUGGACACCUUGGACUACAAAGUCUUUGAGGAAUAUGGAUUCAAUUUUGGUCCUACAUUACGUGUAAUGACCAGAGUGUGGGGAAAUUCCGGUGGAGAAUACCUCUUCAAAUUUGAAGUGUUCGAAUCGGAUGAAGAUAUUGACCGGUUUAUUAUCCAUCCCUGGAUUGUUGAUUCAAUGUUGCAGGCACAAAUAAUCAGCAUGUUUCUAUUUAACCGGCCACCCGCCAAGCAACUAUUUGUACCCGUGCAGAUAGCAAGUUUCGCCUGGUUUGGUCACGUGGCACGGUCAGGUUAUGUCUACACAAGUAUCGGAUCGGGAUAUAAUGAAGCGUAUUUGUUUGACGAAGACGGGAAUCGAAUGACUUGCAUGCGUGGGGCAGAGUUUGUCCCGACCAAUUUGAGCAAUUUACUUGCACUAAUUGACGCGCAGAAGAAUCCGCUUCCCUCAAUGGCUGAAUAUUCGUGGCGGCAGUUUCUGGGUCCGGAAGAGAGGAGAAUUCCUGACGAAGAGAGGGGGUCAAUUUGCCUCAAAGAUAUCGUGAAUUCGUGCAACCUUACGGAUGCUGAAUUUACACAAGAGGAGGAACAAUUUUAUAAUAAUUUGCAAUCUUUAGCAGGGCUUUACAUGAUAAAGGUGGCAAAACAGCUUCAUCUUGAUAACCUGAAAGAAUUUAAAUGGCCCCAAAUUGCAGAGACGUCAAAUAUCGCACCCAAGCUUUAUACAUUCUUCAGACGACUUUUAGGAGAACUUGUUGCCGAUGGAUUGAUUGAACAAACUAAUGAAUCCGAUUUUAAAAUAAUUCGCAAGUUUCAAUCACUGGACAAGAUUCAAAACCAGAUUGACGCAAUUGUUCAUGAUUUACAAAAAUUGCAAAUCGAUUGGAUCGAUAUGGAACUAGCUUCAAUUCAGUCAAUCGGGGAUUGCUUGUACAAUAUUAUACUAACUGAUGAUAAAUCCGUCCCCAAAAAUGUGGAACAUAAUUUCCUCACGACUUCACUGUUUGCAAGAAAAAUGAAUUCUCUUAACCCGAUACAAAAAGAUCUGUUAACCGAAUUGUCCAAAUUGGGAUCGAAAUCUGUAAUUCGUAUUCUCCAACUUGGUGGGGGAAUUGGAACCCCAGCUGCAAAAUAUGCAUUAUCAAAAAUGGUGGAGAUUGGAGGCUUUCACUUUGAAUACACAAUUACCGACAUUGACAAGAGUGUUGCAACGGAAGUAGAAAACAUGUUUCACGAUACUGGGAUAACCGCAAAAUUUUUACAACUCAACCUUGAAAACGAUCCUUUGGCGCAAGGCUUUAUUCCAAAUUAUUACGACGCAAUCAUUGUCCCAUUGCUCAUUUUCCAUGGAACUCAGAGUUCGGCCGAUGCUGUAGAAAAUUCAGCCAAGCUAUUGAAACAUGGUGGCUACAUUUUUAUUUCAGAGAUUAUUAAGCCGUGUCGACAUAUUGAUAUGAUGCUCGGUGGAACAGGAAACUUUGAACUAUCCCCCAUCACAAAUUGGGAAAUUGUUCUAGAAACCAAUGGUUUUUGCGAUAUCGUUUCCGUUCCUGUUUAUGCAAAAGCUGGAGCCUUAAUUCUAGCCAAACUUGGCUCACCAAACUUUAGCAUUUUGACAGACAAGGCAAAAGAGUAUAACAAAAGUAAGUGGAUUAUCUUUGGGGAUGAUGGUUCCACAACGAGCAAUCUCAUAGACAAACUAAAACAGAUCUGCUGCUCUGUGGAAAUUAUACGAAACACGCAUACAAUCAGCCCAAGCGAAAUGAUGGAGGCACGAAUACGCGAAAUUUUUGAAAAAUCAUCGCACAGUAAUAUCCAGGGUGUAAUAUACUUAUGUGGAAUUGACCAACCACUCGAAACUCGGCAAGUAUCCGAACCAUUCUUGUACAUUUGCAAAUAUUUGGCCAAAGUUCAAUCUCCGCUGAAAGUAGUUACAUGUACUCGUGGAAAUAUGUGCAUCGGCUCAUCCGACUUUGACCUGACCGCACCAGUAUCCUCACCAAUUAUUGCCAUGACAAACGUGCUCGCCAACGAAAACCCUGACCUGAUCUGUAAAUGCAUUGACAUUGGAGCAAGCGAUGAUGCCUGUGCAGAAAUUUUUUCAGAACUUUUCAUCACAGACAUUGACGUCAUGGUAGCAUAUCGAGCUGGACAGAGAUGGACGCCAAGAAUAAAACCCCUCAAAUUGAAAAACAACCCUCUAAUGAUCCCCAAAACCAGCCGAUACCGACUCGUUCUACCAGCCACCAAGACCAUUGAAGAUUUACAUUUUGAACCGUGCCAGCCUGAACCACUUGGCGAAGGGGAAGUUGAAAUUGAAGUUAAAGCUUGCGGUUUAAAUUUCAGGGAUUUAUUUUGCAUAACAAAACCCGAUCCUGCUUUUGCGAAUUUCAACACGUUGGGUGUCGACAUGGCUGGAUACAUCACUGCUGUCGGGCCUGGGUGUGGUCCAGAAAGGAAAGUUGGUGAUCGCGUCGUCCACUGUCGACGACAUGGAAUAUCGCUGCCGAGUCAUAUCGUGGUUCCAGCAGGGCACACGGUUCUUAUCUCAAAUGACAUGACAUUCGCAGAUGCCGCAACCUUCCCACUUGGCUACAUUACGGUAGUACAGUGUCUUGAAAGGGUUGCCAAAAUCGAUGCUAGUGACAUCGUCCUCAUCCACACGGCUUCAGGCGGCGUGGGGCUAAUUGGGAUACAAAUGGCGCAAGAAUACGGGAGCACGAUUGUCGCUACGGCGGGAAACAAACGCAAGAGAAACUAUUUGCGAAGUUUGGGUGUAAAAUACGUCUUCAACUCAAGGACGACAAAUUAUGCGCAGAAAGUCAGGAAAGCGCUUGGAGGUCGAGGGGUCACAGUCGUGCUCAACUCGCUCACCGGACCAGGAUUUAAGGAAGCGACGUUGUCCUUAUGCGAACCAGGAGCGCGGUUUGUGGAAAUCAGCAAAAUGAAUAUUUGGGACGUCGAAGAAUUUGAGAAACUGAGACCCGACGUGCAAUACAACAUCGUUGAUGUAUCUGUUUUAGAAAUGAGCGUACUUGUCAGCAUUAUGAGAGACGGUUUGGCCGUUAAUUUGGGCAGCAAUAUGAAAACUAAUAAACUCAUCCCACUUCCUUACGUGCGGUUUGAUAGCUGCGAUAUUCGCCAGGCACUCGAGUUAAUGGAGAAGACGAGACAUGUUGGAAAAAUUGUGGUAACGAUGCCAGAAAAAUGUGUGACUGGAGGGUCAGAAGUUACCCAGAAGAGUCAGCUACUGAAUUGGUAUGGAGGUGGUGAAAUGGAUGGCAAGUUCUGGCGCAAAAAAUAUACUUCUCAUUGGACGUAA